AUGAGUUUCGAAGAACAGCAAAAAGAUGAGCUUGAAGCACUGGCUGCAAUCUACGCGGAUGAUUAUGAGUUGUUCAACGGAUUCAGUGAAACAAGUUUGCCCAGAUUCGCCAUCUCUAUCGUCAGUGAAGAGCAGGAGGAUGACACUGAUUUAGAUAAAUACCAACUGACUCUACAGUUUAAAUUUCCCAAAACGUACCCUGAUGUCGGGCCAGAGAUUGAAAUUAUCUCUUCAGUCAAUCUCGAAGACAUUGACGAGAUAGAGAUUCUCGAUGAGCUAAACGACAUGGUGCCUGAAAACCUAGGCAUUGUUAUGGUUUUCACGAUGAUUGGCAAGUCACAAGAAUGGCUUAAUCUGCUUAAAGAUCGCAAGAAGCUAGAGCGAAAAGAGGCCGAAGAGAGACGGAAGAAGGAACAGGAAGAGGCUGAGCGGAAAAAGUUUGAAGGCACUCGCGUCACUGUGGAGUCCUUCAUUAGUUGGAAGUUAAAGUUUGACGCCGAAAUGGCGGAGAAGAACAAACUAGCAAAGGCUGUUGAUCCAACCAAGCUAACCGGCAAAGAGAUGUUUAUGAGGGACAAAAACUUGAUCGACUCUGAUCUCUCCUUCCCUGACGCCGAUGAGCCGGAUGAUGUGAAGGUGGAUGAAAGUCUGUUUGCCGACGAGGAGCUACUUGAUGAUGUUGACGAGGAAUGA